AGACUGUGAUUGGUCAAUGCGUUGCCGCGUUGACGCGCUGCCGCGUCCUGUGUGUAGAAGCCAUAAGGAAGAAAUGUACUAUUAAAAAAUUAAGAACUAUUUGCUCCUAUUUUCUAACGUGCUGUGUUACUUUUUUAACGGAAAUUAUUUAGUUGAAUAGUUUUUAAAAUGAUUUAUUUUCGAUUGUAUAUUAAUUUACAAUAAUAAUAAAUAUUUACGAUAAUAAUUCAUUUACAUUGUCUAUACGAUGGAUAAUAAUGAUGCAAUGGAUACAGUAGUUGGUUUACAGACUACUUCAACUAAAGCAAUAGCUUUAGUAGAACGAAAUAUUAUGCCACAAGGUAUACUAUUAGUAGAUCCGACUGCUGUAGCUAAAUCAAAUCAGCAAGAUUUAAUGGCAUUGGUAGCAGAAAUACAGAAGGCUGAUAGCUGUAUAAAAGCUAAUGCAUGCAAUAAGUUACAAGUGAUUGCAGAACAGAUAAAAUUUCUGCAAAAGCAAGCUGAAGGGAUUUUGUUGGAAGCAGAACGAAAUGCAAAGUUACAUCAUGUUGCUUGUAAUUUUAUAAAACAACCUGGUCAUGUAUAUCAUUUAUAUCAACGAGAAUCAGGACAACUUUAUUUCUCUAUGAUUAGUCCAGAGGAAUGGGGUAAUUCUGCACCAUCUCAAAGUUAUAAAGGUUCCUUCAGAUUAGAACAUGAUCAUUCAUGGACUCCAUUAUCUCAAUUACAGAGAAAAGAUGAUGAAUUAGAUAUAUUUAAUAAAUUCUUACCUAACAAUGCAAUUACAAAUUCUCUUCUGCAUAAUAUUAUGUUAAACACAAGCACAUAAUGAAUUUAUUAGAAUUAUAAUAGAAUUAUUUUAUCUUGGAAAGUACAAAUUAUAUCAGAAUAAAAAAUUUUUAUAUAAAAGAAUGUUAUUAAAAUAACUCUUAAUUCAAGAAAGUAUGUUUUUAUCGUGUGUAAUUUAAGAAGCAAGUUUAUUUGAUGAUUCAAUAUCGACUUAGUUGUAAUUUGUUUAAUAGAUACAUACACAAAUAUAUCUUAUACGUUCCACAAAAUAUGUAUAUAUAUAAUUACAUACAGGAACAUUAUUUAAAUCAAUAACCAUUUUAUAUGAUUUCAUCUCGUAAUAUAUUACUUCUUUUAAUUACACUAGUAAUUGGUUGUGACUAAUUAACAAAUGGUCUUAUACACAACAUGCAAAUUGUAUACCUACUUCAGACCCAGGUAUGCAGCAAUAGACAGAUUCGUAUCUUCAACUACGUUAAUGAAUUGUAAAAUGAUCAAUAUGACUUUGGAAUAAUAUAUAUGUAUAUCUAUUUUAUAUAUAGAAUUAUUAAUAUUUCUAUAGGCAGUAUAGAUUUGUAUUUAGGUUGACUAUGUUUUGUCCUUUUAGCAAGGUAUCUUAAACAAUAUUAUUAUUGGAAAUGGCAUACAAUUUAAAAUUAAUACAUAUAUAUGCAUAUGAAGAAUUUUAAAUUUUAUAUUACAUAUACCUUUUAAAAAGAUUAUGAAAGAAACACACAUAUCUAUUCUAAUGCAGUACAAUAAAACAUGUAUGUUUCUAUGUGUUCCUUCACAUUUUAAAUUACAUGACUAUUUCCAAAUAAUUAAAUAUCAGUUUACUGAGAAGACAAUACUAAUGUACAAAGAAUAAACGAACACUCGGUAUUUUCCAUUUUCUAUGUAAAAUUAAAUCUCUAAGAGAUAACAAUCUACACUGCAAUAAUAUGCCAAUCACUUAUGAGGAUUGCGACGACUGCGUUUCGUUUUUAAUGUUGAUCGCAUAUGUCAGGUAGUGUUCACUUUAUGCGCUAAAACAUACAAGAGAGAAUCAUACAAGAGACAAAUCAAAAUAUUAAAUAAAAAGAUAAGAACGAUAUUAAGACAGCUAACACAUACAGUAUAUGCCAUUAUGUUUUUAUAUUUAACACUGAGGUGUUGCUGUAGUUUUUUUUAUUUUAAAAGAACAAAUAAAUAAAAAUGAAUUCUUACAUGAAACUGGUAUCCUGAGAGGUGCAUCGUCUCGUAUAAUACAUUCAUGUGUUUGAGUAUGGAAAAGAUAUUGUACCAAAAGCUGUUUAUCUUCUCCCACACAUGGAUCAUAAAAGCCAGAAUCGAAUACGAUUAGAGUAUCUAAUACCUUGGAUGCUUUAUGAAGAAUCAAUUUGGAAUCUUUGACUAAACAUUGUAACGGAAUCGUCACGUCUAUCAUCUCAUCUCUAUGUCCGCUCUCUUCCAAAUUAGAUCUAUCUUGCUGAGGAUAAACGAAUCGACCGUACAGAGCUUUGUGGCAUAAAAAACAGGAGCUGGAAGAAUCUCGUCGCACAGAUGGAUUGGAAAUGUGUAUGCUUGUGAGGCACGACUCAGUCUAAUUUUCAAGGUAACGCCAGUCGGUACACCGACACGUACAGCUGCCGAAACCGAGCUAUGUUGGGAGACCUUUUUUUCCACACCAUAUUCAAGAAACGCACCAAAAGUGUAAUUAAGACUGAUGAAAGAAUGUAUAAGUCCAAAAUGUAUGGAGAUCGCAGUGUACGAUCGGGAUGUAUCUCUCACCACCAUGGUGCUCAUAGCAUCCUGUAUACCAGCUCUAUAAGUGAGGUAUCCCACUGUAUGCUUGUCCAACUGCAUUGCAAGAGCUGUAAAUAAACUUAUAUGAUCUCCAA